CGUUGAAGAAAACCAAGCCGUGGUGGUUUCCCUGUUCGUGUCUGACGUCGAGCAGCGGCGGCAACAUGGAUGCUCCGAGUUGAAGCGGCGAUUGGUGGAAUAGGAAGACGCCCUCCGCCCGCCGCCCGCCGCCCGCCCCCACCACAAAUCAUUCCUGUCUCCGAAAGAGGAGGAGGAGGAGGGAGGAGGCGGGGACGGGCCGAUCGAUGGGGCGGCUGGGGCUCGUGAUGUGCGACGCGGCUAUGUCGUUCAUGUGGGUGUGGGCCGGCGCGCUCGUCAAGCUCCUGGUCUACGACGCCCUCGGCCUGGGCCACCGCCCCGGCGGCGAGGCCCUCAAGAUGGCCCUCGUUGUCGGCUACAUGUUCCUCUUCGCGUGGCUCGGCCACGUCACGCGGGGUGGCGCCUACAACCCUCUCACCGUGCUCUCCUACGCCUUCUCCGGUGGUCCCGAGGGGUUCCUUUUCACAGCCCUGGGAAGGAUCCCUGCGCAGGUGAUAGGAUCAGCAACUGGUGUUAGAUUCAUCAAACAAACCUUUCCUUCGAUAGGCCAUGGACCUCGUUUGAGCAUUGAUAUCCAUCGUGGGGCAUGGACAGAAGGGUUCCUUACGUUUAUGAUCGUGAUGGCCUCACUAAUGCUAAAGAAAAAAGAUCCUGGAAGUUUCUUCAUGAAAACAUGGAUUUCAAGCAUUUUCAAGUUGGCACUUAAUGUCCUUGGUUCUGAUUUAACUGGAGGAAUUAUGAACCCUGCCUCUGCCUUUGCUUGGGCAUAUGCUCGGGGAGAUCACAUAACGUUGGAUCAACUAAUUGUUUACUGGUUUGCGCCCAUUCAAGCAACUUUAUUAGCAGUCUGGACAUUCGGAUUGCUUACCGAGCCAAAGAGCAAGGUGCAAAAAGCUGAAGAAAACAAGGUUAAGUCGGAGUGAAGGAAUGUUUGCGUUCUCAUUCUUGUAAUAGAAGGUCAGAUUGUUCAUCACACACACCACAUUUAAUUUUGUAAUUGGCAGCUCAAUGCCCAUUAGGGAGGAUGACGUGGACUUGUCUAUGUUUUGAUUUGUUCCCCAUGUUGCUGCCACAAAGAUUGCAGUAGAAAGUAGGUUUUUGCAUCCUAACACUGUUUAUCAUCAUUCAAUUGGAAACCAAAGAAUAUGCCUCAUCAGUGUUGUUUGCAGCAUACACAUAUUUGAGUUGGAAGGAUUUGUUGACACAGUUGUCAUGAUAUAAGAACACAAAAUGAAUGAUUAGAAUGAUGGAGUUGGA